CCGCUGCCGCCGCCGCCGCCGCCGCGCGGUAGCUCCCGCCUCGCCCUGCCCCCGCCCGCCCGGCCCGGCGCCGCCCCCCAUGAAGCCAUGGCGGCGGCCAGCUUCGGCAAGAUCCAGAUCGGCAUCUACGUGGAGAUCAAGCGCAGCGACGGCCGAAUACAUCAAGCUAUGGUAACAUCUCUAAAUGAAGAUAAUGAGAGUGUAACUGUCGAAUGGAUUGAAAAUGGAGACACUAAAGGCAAAGAGAUUGACUUGGAGAGCAUAUUUUCACUUAAUCCAGAUCUUGCACCUGAUGAAGAUAUUGAACCCAGCCCAGAGACACCACCACCUCCUACUCCCUCAGCCAAAGUAAACAAAAUAGUUAAGAAUCGACGGACUGUGGCUCCUAUUAAAAAUGAAACCCCUGCCAGAGACAACAGAGUGGUUGGUUCUGCACGGGCACGUCCUACUCAACUUCCUGAACAGUCUUCCUCUACACAACAGAAUGGUAGUGUUUCAGAUAUAUCUCCAGUUCAAGCUGCAAAAAAGGAAUUUGGACCUCCUUCACGUAGAAAAUCUAAUUGUGUGAAAGAGGUUGAAAAAUUGCAAGAGAAGCGUGAAAAAAGGAGGUUACAGCAGCAGGAACUCAGAGAAAAAAGAGCUCAGGAUGUUGAUGCCUCAAAUCCAAAUUAUGAAAUUAUGUGUAUGAUAAGAGAUUUUAGGGGAAGUUUGGAUUAUAGACCACUGACAACUGCAGAUCCUAUUGAUGAACACAGAAUAUGCGUUUGUGUACGAAAACGGCCACUCAAUAAAAAAGAAACGGUAAUGAAAGACCUUGAUGUAAUAACAAUUCCUAGUAAAGAUGUUGUGAUGGUACAUGAACCGAAACAAAAGGUGGAUUUAACAAGGUACCUAGAAAACCAAACAUUUCGCUUUGACUAUGCCUUUGAUGACACAGCUCCUAAUGAAAUGGUUUACAGGUUUACAGCUCGACCAUUAGUGGAGACCAUAUUUGAAAGGGGCAUGGCCACAUGUUUUGCAUAUGGACAAACUGGCAGCGGAAAAACCCAUACUAUGGGUGGUGACUUUUCAGGAAAGAACCAAGAUUGUUCUAAAGGAAUUUAUGCACUUGCUGCUCGGGAUGUCUUUUUAAUGCUAAAGAAACCAAAUUAUAAGAAGUUAGAACUUCAAGUAUAUGCAACGUUUUUUGAGAUUUACAGCGGUAAGGUUUUUGACUUGUUGAACAGAAAGACCAAAUUAAGAGUGUUGGAGGAUGGUAAACAGCAAGUCCAGGUUGUGGGAUUGCAGGAACGGGAGGUCAAAUGUGUUGAAGAUGUUUUAAAGCUUAUUGAAAUAGGCAACAGCUGCAGAACAUCUGGUCAGACUUCUGCAAAUGCACAUUCAUCUCGGAGCCAUGCAGUAUUUCAGAUUAUCCUCAGAAGGAAAGGCAAACUACAUGGUAAAUUUUCUUUGAUUGAUCUGGCUGGAAAUGAAAGAGGAGCAGAUACUUCAAGUGCGGAUAGGCAAACGCGACUGGAAGGUGCAGAAAUUAACAAGAGCCUUUUAGCGCUCAAGGAGUGCAUCAGAGCCUUAGGCCGAAACAAACCUCAUACUCCAUUCAGAGCAAGCAAACUUACUCAGGUGCUAAGAGAUUCAUUCAUAGGAGAAAAUUCCCGUACCUGUAUGAUUGCUACUAUUUCUCCAGGGAUGGCCUCAUGUGAAAACACUCUAAAUACACUGAGAUACGCAAAUAGAGUAAAGGAAUUUGGAAUUAGUCCUUCGGAUAUUCCCUUCUCACAGGGUAGUGGCAGUCGCUCUGAUCUCUCUCCUUCCUAUGAGUAUGACGACUUUUCUCCUUCGAUCACCAGAGUAAAGGAAUUAACAGUGGAUUCUAGUGCGGCAGGAGACAUUCGUCCAAUCAUACACCAUGCUCCAAAUCAGAUUGAUGAUCUAGAGACACAGUGGGGUGUAGGGAGCUCACCUCAGAGAGAUGAUCUCAAACUACUUUGUGAACAAAAUGAAGAGGAAGUUUCUCCGCAAUUGUUUACUUUCCAUGAAGCUGUGUCACAAAUGGUAGAAAUGGAAGAGCAAGUAGUAGAAGAUCACAGGGCUGUUUUCCAGGAAUCUAUAAGAUGGUUAGAAGAUGAAAAAGCCCUUCUAGAGAUGACUGAAGAAGUAGACUAUGAUGUGGAUUCCUAUGCUACACAACUUGAAGCAAUUCUAGAACAAAAAAUUGACAUUCUGACUGAACUCCGAGAUAAAGUGAAAUCUUUCCGGGCAGCUCUACAAGAGGAGGAACAGGCCAGUAAACAGAUCAAUCCGAAGAGACCGCGUGCCCUUUGAAACGGGCCUCUGCUGCUAAAGGCUCCCCUGAACCCUUACUGCUGUAGCAUACAGUUGUAAUGAAAUGGUGGCUGUAAGAACUCAACUACUUGAAAGUGUAAAAACUUUUGAAAUGUCUGUGGAAAUGUCCUGUUUCUUCUUCACCCCGAUGACAUUUUCAGUUUUGUGUGAAACACUCCUAUGAUGUCUACAAAAUGCUUCUAGACCAGACAGCACAACCAUGCAGGGUUCGGAUCUGUGAAGCACUUUGUUUAAAAUAGUUCAUUCAUUCAAAUUGUGAAUCUUUGUUUUGGAAAUCUUUGCCAUUUUUUGAUAAUGAAGUAAAACUGUGGACUUGAAAAACUUCACAGUAUUUCCUUUUAAAUCUGUUCAGUUUUGUUACAAGGCCCAGCUGUGCAGUUCUGUUGUUUGCUUGCAUGCACAUCUCAUCAGUGAUUGUACAUAACUGCUCUUCUAGAGACAGCUGUGCUUACCUCUCCCCAUUCUGUGCCUUGAUGAAGGCUACUUGAUCCUAAACCUUCUCUUUCUGAAGCACAGCCUUAAUAAACAACAUUCCUUAUUUGUCAAUGUAAAUUGCUUUUAGUGUGUGUACAUUUUUAAUGUGUUUCUGGUGACUAGUUCAUUUCACAGGAUGUGCCAUAUCAUUGAACAGGAACUAAAAGAGCUGUGAGAGUGGACAGACAGCUGGACAUUCCAUCAUUCCAUUCUCCUUAUUUAAAAAAAGAAAAAAAAAGGAAAGAAAGAAAGAAAAAGAAAAAAAAUCUGGACGCUGGAAUCAUUUGACUCCCAUACCGAGUGGUUAUAUAACUAUCAAUUUCUUUGUAAAGAAAAAACCUAUAAAUUAGUUGAUGUAUAAUAAAAAGUAACAUUUAAGUAUCGAGGGGAGUUGUAUCUUAGGGAAAUAUGGAUAUACAGUAUGUGUACUUUUGUGAUAAUGCUGUCAGAAUAAAGGUGCAAUCUGGUCCCUAUGGGUAGGACGAGUGUAAAGUGCAGGGAUCCAAGUAAUGGCAUACACGAGUACCUUUUCACAUACUGUUAGAAAAUUGGCUUCUGAUGCAUGAUAAUGUCCAUGUACAUUAACUGUAGUUUGCAGGUAGUUUUGAGUAGUACUAUUGCUUUAAAAAAAGUAGCUAAUACCUAUUUUUCCCUUUGUACAGUGCCAGCAGCUGAAAAGUGGGUGGAUUUGCAUCAUUUGAGGAUUUGCACAAUACCUCUACUUAGUGAUAUAGAAAUUUCACCAGUACCUGAAAUCUCACAAAUGGCGCCAUGUGUAUCAGGUCUUUUUUAAGUAGUGACAUUUGAGGUUUUUUUGCAAGUCAAUAUCUAAAAGAAAAAUUGCCCUUUUCUGUAAGAACUUUGUCAGAUGAAGACUUGUAGACCUCUCUAGGAGUUCUCCCUGUUUCCAGGACAGAUUCCAGGAGUUCGUAUCAGCCAGCUGUCCCUUAGAACUGCUUAAAACUUUUUUGGAACACAAGCCCAUUUGUGCAGAGGCUGAAGGGAAAUAAAGGGAAGGCAAUGAAAAGAGAGCUAAAUGAGCCAGAGAUUAUCUUAGUGUUUUGAUGUCUGUGUCUCCCAUAGGAAGGUGUAGACUAUGGGAAGCUCUUGUUGCAUCAUGGUAAAAAGCUCCUAUGUGUAAACAUGAAAGCUGAAACAGCAAUGUAGAUUUUACACAAUGUGUUUAAUAAAUUAAACUCUGAAACAUAAAUUAGAGAUGAGAAUUUACUUCUAUGCAAGGCACAUCUGCUUUGUAAACACAUCUGAAUUUUACCAUCUAAAAAUGUAUUUUUAAAAGGCAUGUGGUGCUAGAACAUGUGUGCACGUUCAUGCCAAUGACUGUUCUGUGCAGGCUUGUAUCAUAUGAAACCAUUCCCAAGCAUUUCACUAACUUAACUUCGGAAACGGCUGUGUUGAAGUAUCUUUCAUGGCGUUCAUGUAAAAACGCCAUCCAUCAAUAAGAGACAAAUUUGAUAAAACCA